AAUGUCUAGAUCUAAAUAUGAUCUUGUCCCGACAUAUGAUCCGUAUACUGGCCUCACCUCAGACCAGGAUGAAAUAAAAAUUCCAACAAUGUUCAGAACCUAUUCAGACGAAGACUUAAGGGGAAUGCGAAUUACUUCUGGCAAAGUUGUUAUAAGAAAGGAUGAUGGAAACCUUAUCGGAAUCAGUAUUGGGGGCGGAGCCCCACUUUGUCCAUGUCUAUAUGUUGUUCAGGUGUUUGAUAAUACACCUGCAGCUCGUGAUGGAACUUUGGAGAGUGGAGAUGAAAUAGUUGGAGUUAAUGGCACUAAUGUCAAGGGUAAGACUAAAGUAGAGGUGGCGCGAAUGAUCCAGAAUAAAUCUGACGAAGUUGUGAUUAGUUACAAUAAACUUCAUGCAGAACCAAAACAAGGUGGAUUAUAUAUUUACAGAGCUAUCCUGUGUAAUGAUAGCCUAGUAAAGAAGCUGGAUGAACUAGAGAGAACUGAAGAUAUGUACAGAGGACUAGUUAGUCAUACUAGACGUGUACUGUUGGGAUACUAUGAUCUUGUCAGAGUAUGUAAAGAAUUGGGUGAUGAGUUUUACAAGAUUGGAGUGAGAGAACCUCAACCAGCGGCUAACAGAGCCUUCUGUGAGUUUGGAGAAUAUCAUAGGCAAAUGGAGAAGCUUGGUAUUUCUAUGCUUCGCCAAACCAAACCCAUCCUCUCUGAUCUAGGAACAUAUCUAACAAAGGCUAUACCUGAUACCAAGCUGACAAUUAAACGAUAUGCAGAUGUAAAAUUUGAAUACCUCUCAUAUUGCUUAAAGGUGAAAGAGUUUGAUGAUGAAGAUUACUCCUACCAGGCCCUGCAGGAACCUCUUUACAGGGUGGAGACAGGAAAUUACGAGUACAGACUGAUCCUGCGAUGUCGAGCUGAUGCUAGAAAAAGGUUUGCGUCUAUGCGAUCUGAUGUGCUGGUAAAACUGGAAUUAUUAGAUAAUAAACACGUCCAGGAUAUUGUUCAUCAGUUAAGAAGGCUUAUGGAAUCUUUAACAGAAUUUCAUAUAGCCUGUCAUAAGAUGUUUGACGGUGUAAAACUGUUCCCUAUAGAGGUAGAGCUGGGCAGAAACGCCUUUCAGUACAACACCAGCAUCUAUACAGAUGAAGAUGUAGAAGAAGCUGAAGAUGUGCUGGAUGAUGAUAUGCUUAUCAAUGCUGAAGAUACCGUUCCAGAAUCUGAUUCUCUGAUUGGAUUGAACUUUACUGCUCCUUCUACCCUUUUAGGAACUGAUGCACAGAAAACUGACAUGCACAAUGAUAAUUUUAAUUCAGUUGGAGAACACACUUCAACCCUACUCAUGGGAGAUAAUGAAAACUCUUGUCUUCUUGUGGGUGGAAAUACUAAUCCCAACCUUCUAAUUGGCAUGAAUAAUGAUCAGAUGUUGGGAGGGAACAGUAAUUCCAGUCUCCUGAUUAGUGGAGAUAAAGAUUCGGGUCUCCUGAUUUGUGGAAACAAAGAUCCUGGUCUUUUGAUUGGUAGAGACAAAGAUUCGGAUCUUCUUAUUGGUGGAAACAAAGUUCCAGGUCUUAUGAUUGGUGGAGACAAAGAUUCGGAUCUUCUUAUUGGUGGAAACAAAGAUCCAGGUCUUAUGAUAGUUGGAAACAAUGAUUCAAGUCUAUUAAUUGACAGAAACAAUGAUUCAGGCCCCCUGACCAAUGUCAGCACAAAUCCCAGUUUGAUGUUUGACCAAACCCUUGGUUCAAGUCAGUUUAUUGCUGGAAACUAUGAUUCAAGUCAUGUGGUAAGUGGAGAUAAUGAAUCAAGUCUCCUGAUGAGAGGAAACAAAGAUGUCAGUCCAAUUAUUGUUAGUAACACUGAUUCAAGUAAUGAUAACUGCAACAUGUUUGUUCCUGAAAAUUCUUCUAUUAAAGCUAGUCAUACAAGCUUAAUGAGCGAACAAAUCAUGUGUGGAGAUGAUCAUCGCUCCCCAGACCCUCCUAAAGAAACUGAUCAAAGUUUCUCCUCCAAGCCCGGAAAGGUUAUUGCUUCAACAGGAGUAAAAGACAAUUCUGAAGAUAAAAAUUACUCUUCAAGCAACAGAGCUACUAAUCAAGAAGAAAUAGAUGAAUGGUGUUUGCCAGAUCCAGAACCUUGAACUAAAGGCUUUCAGAACUAAUGNAACUG